CCAUGUCGCGGAGCUCGCAGGGCGGGCGGCCCGGCCGGUCCCCGCUGCCCCGCGGGGCUAGCCCCGGCUCCGCCGCCGCCCCGCUGCCGCCGCCCCCGCUGCCCCUGCAGCCCCCCUUCGGCCCCGGCGGGGCCAGCCCGGGCCCCAGCGGGCCGGCAGAGCUCAAGCCGGUUCGGCGGUUCAUCCCGGACUCGUGGAAGAACUUCUUCAAAGGGAGACGCCACCCCGGCUCCAGCUGGGAUAGCACGGCCUCCGACAUCAGGUACAUUUCGGACGGGGUCGAGUGCUCGCCACCUGCCUCUCCCGCCCCGCUGCAGCCGGGGACCAGGACGGUGCCUGGCUCCUACACGGACCCAUUCGGGGGGUCGGGCGGGAGCUACAACUCUCGGAAGGAGGCCGAGGCCAUGCUGCCCUCCGGAGACCCCUCGGGCUCGCUGGAGCGCCGCGCCGGCACUGGGCAGACUUACAGCGAGCGGGUGGAGGAGUACCACCAGCGGUACGCCUACAUGAAGUCCUGGGCAGGGCUGCUCAGGAUCCUCGGCGUGGCCCAGCUGCUGCUUGGCGCCGCCGUCUUCGCCUGUGUCACCGCCUACGUACACAAGGACAACGAGUGGUACAACAUGUUCGGGUACUCGCAGCCCUACGGAUACGGGGCGGGCAGCGCCUACGGGGGAUACUCCUACAGCGGGCCCAAAACCCCUUUCAUCCUGGUGGUGGCGGGGAUGGCGUGGAUCGUCACCAUAGUGCUGCUCGUGCUGGGCAUGUCCAUGUACUACCGAACUAUCCUCCUCGAUUCCAACUGGUGGCCUCUGACCGAGUUUGGGAUCAAUGUGGCCUUGUUCAUCCUGUACAUGUCGGCUGCCAUAGUGUACGUAAACGAUACCAACCGAGGUGGGCUCUGCUAUUACCAGUUGUUCAAGACGCCGAUAAAUGCGGCUUUUUGCCGUGUGGAGGGCGGUCAGACUGCGGCAAUCAUCUUCUUGUUUGUCACGGUGAUCCUCUAUCUAAUUAGUGCGAUGGUUUCCCUAAAGUUGUGGAGGCACGAAGGGGCCAGGAGGCACAGGGAAUUAAUGGAACAGGAGAUGAAAACACAAUCCUUUUUUCCCGAAAAGAAGUAUGAAGGUGAUGACAGACCAAGGGAAGAAGUCAGUUACAGGCAGCUCAAAUCACUGGAAAGAAAACCAGAACUGCUUAAUGGUCAUAUACCUGCAGGCCACAUUCCUAAACCUAUAGUGAUGCCAGACUACUUAGCGAAAUACCCUGUAAUUCAAACAAAUGAAAUGAGAGACCGGUACAAAGCAGUAUUCAAUGAUCAGUUUGCUGAGUAUAAAGAACUGUCUAUGGAAGUUCAUGCUGUAUUAAAAAAGUUUGAUGAGCUGGAUGCACUGCUGAAACAACUUCCACACCAUCCUGAAAGCAUAUAUGAGCAGGAAAGGAUAUCAAAAGUUCUGCAAGAAUACAAGAAGAAGAAAAACGAUCCUUCAUUUCUAGAGAAAAAGGAGCGUUGUGAAUAUCUGAAGAAUAAGCUUUCUCACAUAAAACAACGAAUUCAGGACUAUGAUAAAGUUAUGAAUUGGAAUGUAGAAACUUAGUGAUGCCUUCACGUCAUGGAUACUAUUUUCUGGUUUAAAAAUCAAUAUGUGUAUUUUAACCUAUUUAUUUACUCUUUGAACAGUACGCUUAUGGGGAUUACUUAAUCACUGUCAUAUGUUUGGAUGUUGUACAUUACUGAUAGGUUUUGUAUGCAGAUCCAAUUGUAAUUGAAGUUAUGAGAUAAGUUAGGAAACUGCUGCUAACAUUCUGCUUUCAUUAGUGCAAAUCCUGGCCUCUUAAAUACAAAUACUUUAUUUGAAAAUACUUCAUUUUUAAAUUAGCAAAGCCUGCCAGAGAAAGCAGUUUCCAAAUAUCUUGGGGAAACUGCACAGAAAUGCUGUUAACAAUUUUGCAUUUUAUUUAUAUGUGACAUCUUAAUGAUAUCAGAAAGAGCUGAGCUGUUCUGUGUGGGGUUUGAUGCACUGCCCAAUUGUAUUGAAUAUUUUCAGCAAUUCAGGAACUAGUUUAAUAAGAAUUUUUGUAUUGCAUUUCCAAAUGCUGUCAAUUAUACCAAGAAUCAUCUUGAAUUUUGCCUAACAAAAAAGGAAAAAUAACUUCUUAUUUAACCAGCUGGGGGAGGGGUACUUGGGUUUGGUUUUUUUAUUGUCUUCUUCAGAGGUGAUGCAACAAAUCUAUACCUGGCCUUAAAGGAAUAGAGGUACAGGAUGAGGCAUAUUAAUGUCCCAUUAGUGUUGCUUUAGGUCAGUGUGCUCUGCCUGCCUUCUGGAUCAUGCUGUUAGGGGUACAAGUGUUUAAGGGCGUCACUCUUCAUCAGCAAGUAACAGGACUUCCUGUCCAUGCAGCAGCUGUUAAUGAACUUGGCAUUCAGAGAGCAAGUACAGCAAAAUGAAUUCUCUUUCAAAGUAUAAAUUGUUAGUAUCCUCUUCAAGGCCAGAUAAAAUGUAUUAAAAUACAUACUUUCCAGAGCAUAUUUGCAUAAAUUCUAUAUAUAUAUUUUUAUAUUUUCUUGGGGAUAUUAUGCUGGCAAUAGAUUUGUAUGUGCAAGUAUUUUCAUAAGCCAGUAGAUUUUCUCUUUGUAUCUUUUUCAUAUCUUUAUUUACUUUAACUUUUUUACUUACUAUAAUUGUUAGAAGCAUUGAUAGUAUUUGUACAGUUUUUUACAACUGCAAUUUGUCUGUUCUGAAAUAUGUUUUUUUAAUAUUAAAAAACCCACCAGUGUAGCCAUAUUACUCUAUUCCUUAUAAAGACAUUUUGUUUGGGAAAGGUGCUCUGAUUACAGUUACUGCAAAUUUUUGUUAGUGAUUUGAAAGAAAGUUUUAACUUCUGCCUUAAUUUAAAGGAACAACAUCAGGAAAGCCAUUUCCAGUUUAGUGUGGUCAUGGUAGUACUACCUCUGCUCUUCACUGUUGGAAAUGUAUUAACAUACCUCACUCUGACCAUUGUAGCCCUGCUGGUUUUUCAUUUCUUAUUGUUCAUGCUGCAGUCCUGAUGGUCAUACACCCACCUUCCUAUUUGUAAAAUUGACAUUCCAAUUUUAUCAGCCUUUUAAUUCCAAGAGCUUUAGUGGAUGAAGUAAAUAGCACCAAAUGCCAUGGGAACACUGAGAGAAUUUGAAAAUUUGGCACCUCUUCAUUUCAAAGCCUUCAAUCUCAUCUACUGGAAGGUGCCUCGGUAUUUUCAUCAUUCUGAGAACACAUGGCAGCCAGUGCUAUGCCUUGUUCUCUCUCUGCCUUUUCAGUGCCUUUCUCUCAGGUUCUGGUUUGUAUUCAUUUCAAAGGAGAAACCUCUCUUUCUUAUAAAGGAGACGGGCCAAUUUUUUAUACUUGUUGUGCUGAAUACUUGUUAAAUUGUUCUUUGUAAGAGAAGUACUUGUCCAGAUCUCCACAAUCUAAAUAAAUGACCUCUCACUGCA